AUGAAUCUAAUGGAUGUAAGCAAAAUCUUCUCCAUGCUCCAGCCCAGAGAAAAUGAAGAUGAUAAUGGAGAAAGACAAGAACUGAACCAAGCAGCAUCCCAGGAUGAUUAUGAAACUCUUGAUGAACUCUUGUGCCAAGACAGAUACAAAACAUUUAUUAACAGCAGAAGUGGUUGGGGGAUACUGGGGACCCCACUUCGCCUGGCAGCUUCAAAGGGCCAUCUGAGAAGUUUAGAAGUUCUCUUGGCCCAUGGAGCAGAAGUAGACAGCCUAGAUGUGAAAGCGCAAACUCCGCUAUUCACUGCUGUUAGUAAUGGCCACCUAGAUUGUGUCAAAGCACUAUUGGAGGCAGGGGCCAGUCCUUCUGGCAGCAUCUACAAUAACUGUUCUCCACUGCUCACGGCCUCUAGAGAUGGAGAUGUCAGCAUUCUGCAAGAACUCUUAGACUAUGGGGCAGAAGUCAAUGUUAAAGCUAGAGUCCCAGAGUGGGCUGCCAACUCUGCAGCUUGCUCAGGCCCUUUAUAUCUCUCAGCGGUCUAUGGACAUCUGGAGUGUUUUAAAAUGCUGCUGCUUUAUGGAGCAGAUCCCAAUUACAACUGCACUGAUAAGAAAAUGAUUGCACGAAUCAAGCAGCCCAAGACUGUGCUUGAAAUUUGCCUGAGACAUGGUUGUGGGAGUGAAUUCACAAAACUGCUCAUUGAUUUUGGAGCCAAUGUGUACUUACCAAACAUCGCAGGAGAUAAGAUCUCGCCGACUAGUAAGGCAUUGGCGCUGCUGAUCAGGGAAAGAGCUCAUCCAAAAUCCUUGAUGUCUCAGUCCAGGCUGGCUGUCAGGAAGCUUCUGAAACUGACCAACAGCGCAUGUGCCAUAUAUCAGCUGGGCAUCCCACCUGUGCUAGUGAACUACCUCAAACAUCAAUCUUAAGGGAAGAUCAGAGCAACAGUUUUGAAGACAAAGUUCUAUGUAAUGAGUUGACCACCUCGAUAAAGAGCCAUUGUGGAGUAGCAAUUAUGCAGUACAUGGUAGCCAUAAUUCAGUCAUCAUGACUUGCCGUGUGUGUGUUUGCUUAAAUUACAUCUCCAAAAGGCAGCUUUGCUUUAUUGGAACAAACCAGACAAACUGGUAAAAGGUGAUAGCAGUAGAUGAAGAUGGAAAAGAACGUGCCUCUAGCAGUGCAUUGAAUGGACUGAAGAAUGUUAGAAAAA